AAGAGGUACGAAUAAUGUAAUUUGGAGGAGGGGAGAGGGCAGAGGAGAUCUUUAAUUAUCAUUGCCUAUUGUGCCAUCCUUCCAUUUGAUACUCAUAAUUGUAAUCAUCUUCUUUUUUGAAGUCAUGUCUGUAUUUUAAAGAUAACAUAAUUGUGCAGAAGAAUCUUUGGAAGAAUCAUUUAUGGAUAAUGUGCUGAAACUUUACAUCAAAGGCCCCUGGCUUUGCAGGCUCAAAAAAUUUGCAGUUUGAAUACUUAUUAAACAUUGGUCACCAACAAAACUAAAAUGCUUGUUUAUCGAUUGACCCAAUUAUUUGAUUCUGUCAAACAUACCUUGUUUAUAAUCGGAACUUCCCUAAUUGUUUUCCUUGCUCUACGCAACUCCAUAGUAUGGCAUAUGCAACAGUUUUGGGGAGCCUCUGGUGAUUUCUGGCAACGACAGUGGGAGAAUUUAUUCAAUUUCUUUGGACAGAAUGAAUUGUUAUUGUCUACUGUUGGCUCCUUUAUCUUCACCUCAUCUGUCUUCUGGCUGAGUAAUAUUUUCCUCAUGGUACUGGAUGUGACUGGCUGGCCGGCAGCUUUGCUGAAGUAUAAGAUACAGAACAGCAAGAAUUGUCCACUAAGAUUAUCGGACAUGAAAAGGGCCAUUAAAGUGGCGCUCUUCAAUCAGAUCGUCGUUGGGCUGCCCACAUCGUUUCUCAUCUACUGGGUGAUGAAGUGGCGUGGAUGUACCUGCUCUCCCAAUGACUUGCCAACUUUUCACUGGGUAGUUUUUGAGCUGAGUGUUUUCUCCCUGGCAAUAGAAAUAGGCUUUUAUUAUUCCCACAGAUUACUGCAUCACCCCAAACUAUAUCGACACAUUCACAAACAGCACCAUGAGUGGACUGCACCAAUUAGUGUCGUGUCCAUAUAUGCCCACCCAGUGGAACACGUUCUCAGCAACAUGAUCCCUCCAGCCUUGGGACCUAUCUUAAUGGGAUCUCACCUCGCCUCGUCUUGGCUGUUCUGGGCACUAGUGUUGAUGUCAACCACUGUGGCCCAUUGUGGCUACCAUCUUCCAUUUCUCCCAUCACCAGAGGCUCAUGAUUACCACCACCUGAAGUUUAAUCAAAAUUUUGGAGUACUUGGUGUUCUGGAUCGUUUUCAUGGAACAGACUCUCAGUUCCGAGCAUCACUUGCAUAUCAGAGACACUUCCUGUUACUGUCCACAGUUCCAGUCUCUCAACAAGUUCCAGAACCCUCUAAGAAAACAUCAGAGUAGAAACGUCAGUUUUAUGAUGCAGGCCCUGGCUCUUCGUCAGCUAGUGUGAAAAUCUGAUUAAAAUAUGUCUCAACAACUUUAACUUAUUGAUAAGAUUGCCUCCCCUAAUCAAAUUUUUGUGUGUGCUAUAAUUAGAAUGGACUAAAUUCUUAAAUUUAAAGUUUUAAUUUUAUCUUUACUGUUUCAUGAUUCUAAAGUCUGGGAUAAUUUAGAAAUUUAGUUCGUAGGCUGCUGUGAUGACUUGUCAGUCCUGUAAAUUGAAACUUUAAAACAUGCAGCAGAAGGUGGCCAUUGUUUCACUCUUAUGUCUUAAUACCAGUUAGAUAAACACUUCAAUCAAACUUGUAUCUACUUUCCAGACAGAGGAGAAAGUUUAAACCUAGCAGUCAGCAUGACAUACUUUACAAACUGGAGUUAAGCCUUUUUUUUUUUCUUCUAGGUAUUUCUUUGAGUUCUAAAUCUUUAAUUUUCUUUGCUUAUUAGUCUGAUGAUUAAACCCAGCUGGCUCUCUAUUUACACCAUCAUACCGGUACCUACAAGUUAUUUAUCUUUUUUAAAUGACCAAAGACUAGAUCUGUUGUUUUUUUUUCUUUCUAAUUGAUUUCUCAUGACUUCAAGGACAAAACUAAUAAAAUCAGUGAUAAAUUUGAAUCUGUAUUUUUACAAUUAAAACCCAUUGAAUCAAUAGCAAGAAAUGGAAUCGCUAUGGAGACAUAGCAUAAGACAGGUCUAUCUUUAUUUCUAAUUUGUUAUUAUUAUUUUUUUUAACAAAAAUGAAACAGAUUUGAAAUAUUGAAGCAAGUAUAUUAUUGAUAGCUCAAUCCAUUGUUUGUAUUUUGAUUUUAUUUUUGUUUUAUUUUGCUUUGUGGACCUAUCUUACACAUUUUAUAUUAUGAAACAAAUUUUAUACAAAGUAUUUUAAAACUUUUUUUUUUCCGAAGGUUUUAAACAUUAAAAAAUGUAAAUAUAAAGUUAUCUCCAUUCCCUUGUUAUCAGCAUCUUGACAUAUUUAUAUCUUUUAUCUGUAUGAAGUUUUUAUGAGCAGACACUGUAGCUAUUAAUUAAAAAAAAUAUUGUUAUAUUUGUUGAUAUUGUACCUGCUUCUGAGAUUCUGUUCACUUUAUUGCUUUUAAUGUGUUGAAAAAUGUGCACAAAGUUUUUUUUUUUUAUUUUAAAUUUUUUCUUUUUACUCUCUGGUCAUAUUCAAAUAUUUUGUACAGUGCCAUGGUCCAAACUAUAUUCUGUCUGGUCAUAUUCAAAAUAGUUUGUACAGUCCAAACAUUUUUUUUUUAUUUGAGUGCCAUGGUCCAAAACAUAUUUUUUAAAAGUGUUAAUUCUUUCAAAUUUUUAUUAUCUUGCCACGUACUAUUGAAGAUUAAAAAUGCGAAAAUGAUUGACUCCCUUGCUAAUGAUUGUCUCCCUUGCUAUUCAUCUCUUCACAUUGUCUUAUUGAAUUAUUAUGGUCACAUUUUGUCUUUCUAAAGUCUUAUUCUGUAAAUAUAUUUCAGUUUUGGAAGCCUAGUCUUUUUAUGUUACAGUGUUUCCUACAAUUAUGAUCUGUGAUAUUAAGAUCUUUCAAAAGAAAAAAAAAAUAUUAUAAAAUAAAUUCUUUCACUUUUUAUUUUUUCCUGUGUAAAAACCUCUCUUUGAUUUCUAUCUGGAAGUACAUUUUGAUUGUGUCUGAUUUAAAAAUACUCCUAGCCCUUGCAAGUUUUUGGUGACUUUUUUUCCCAAUCAUUGAUAAAAAAAACCAACUCAUUUUUUAAAGCCUUCAUUUAUCUUUCACUAAAUAAAUUAGUUACAUUUUAUUAAAGCUAUGUUCAGAUUGUUUCUUUUGCAACCCAUUGACAUCGUCAUAAAUUGAACUUAACAGUAAACCUGAAAAACCUGAAGCGCUUCAUUAAGUUGGUAAGACAUACGCUUGUUGAGAUGGACUCUGUGUGGUCUCAUUAGGUCAGUACUGGUAUUCAAUUGAAUCAAAACUUCUUGUUGUGUAACCCGGUGUUGUACUUACAGCAUUAUAAAGCAUUGGGGACUAUUUCUUUCCCCAAUUCUAUUUGUGUAGACAUGUAUCUGUAGUAUGGUGAAAACUUUGGACCUGAAGAUGUAGAUCUCAAAACUUUUUUUUUACUUUGGCUUCUGUAGACUAUGUGAAAUAAAAUUAUUUUAGUAAAAAUA